CGCGCAGGGCGCGGGAGGCGGUAAAGGGAAGGGGCGGACGGGCGCUCGCAGGCGGGAUAGUCCUGCGCCGCCGCAGGCCAGGUUCCUGCCCACUGAGCGCGGGUCACACGGUGACCCGCUUCUUGGUCUCCCCCGCACCCGGCCGGGUCCACCAUGAACGCCGGUGGUCAGGGCUACCCGCUCGCCUCGCUCUACGUGGGCGACCUGCACCCAGACGUGAACGAGGCCAUGCUCUACGAGACGUUCUCGCCCGCCGGCCCCAUCCUGUCAAUCCGCGUGUGCCGCGACGUGGCCACCAGGCGCUCCCUGGGCUAUGCCUACAUCAACUUCCAGCAGCCUGCCGACGCGGAAAGGGCACUGGAUACAAUGAACUUUGAGGUGAUCAAAGGCCAACCCAUCCGCAUCAUGUGGUCCCAGAGAGACCCAGGACUCCGCAAAUCAGGUGUGGGCAACAUCUUCAUCAAGAACCUGGAGGACUCCAUUGACAACAAGGCUUUAUAUGAUACCUUCUCCACCUUUGGGAACAUCCUCUCGUGCAAGGUGGUAUGUGACGAGCAUGGCUCCCGGGGCUUCGGCUUUGUGCAUUUCGAGACCCAUGAGGCUGCACAGCAGGCCAUCAGCACCAUGAAUGGGAUGCUGCUGAAUGACCGCAAAGUCUUCGUGGGCCACUUCAAGUCUCGCAGGGAGCGGGAGGCAGAGCUGGGAGCUCGGGCCCUGGAGUUCACCAACAUCUAUGUGAAGAACCUCCAUGCGGACGUGGGCGAGCAGGGCCUGCGGGACCUCUUCUCCCCGUUCGGAAAGAUGCUGAGCGUGAAGGUGAUGAGGGACAACAGCGGCCACUCCCGGGGCUUCGGCUUUGUCAACUUUGAAAAGCAUGAGGAAGCCCAGAAGGCUGUGGAUCAAAUGAAUGGGAAGGAGGUGAGCGGGCGGCUGCUGUAUGUGGGCCGAGCCCAGAAGCGGGCAGAGCGGCAGAAUGAACUGAAGCGCAGGUUUGAACAGAUGAAGCAGGACAGGCAGAACCGCUACCAGGGCGUGAACUUGUACGUGAAGAAUCUGGAUGACUCCAUUGAUGACGAGAGACUGAGGAAAGUGUUCUCUCCCUACGGAGUGAUCACCAGUGCGAAGGUGAUGACAGAGGGUGGCCACAGCAAGGGGUUUGGCUUUGUGUGUUUUUCCUCUCCAGAAGAGGCGACCAAGGCUGUGACAGAGAUGAACGGGCGCAUCGUGGGCACCAAGCCGCUGUACGUGGCACUGGCCCAGCGCAAAGAGGAGCGGAAGGCCAUCUUGACCAACCAGUACAUGCAGCGCCUCUCCACGGUGCGGGCCCUGGGCCGCCCCCUCUUGGGCUCCUUCCAGCAGCCCUCCAGCUACUUCCUGCCCGCUAUGCCCCAGCCUCCAGCCCAGGCUGCAUACUGUGCCUCUGGCUCCAUGGCCCCCAUCCAGCCUGCCCCCAGGUGGACCGCCCAGCCACACAGACCUUCAUCUGUCUACCCUCCAGCCGCCUCAGUGGCCCGGCCAACAGGCAUGCCUCGGCGCCCCCGGACCCCCGUCAGCAUCAGCCAGGCCUCCACCCAGGAGCUACACCCGGUGCCCCACACCCAGAGAGUGGCCAACAUUGGUACCCAGACCACAGGACCCAGUGGGGUGGGAUGUUCUACACCAGGCCGGCCUCUCCUGCCAUACAAAUGUCCCUCAGCCGUACACAACACCCACAGGGUCCAGGAGCCUGCCGUGCACGUGCCUGGCCAGGAGCCCCUGACUGCGUCCAUGCUGGCUGCAGCGCCCCUGCAUGAGCAAAAGCAGAUGAUUGGAGAGCGUCUUUACCCACUUGUCCAUGAUGUACACAACCAGCUGGCUGGCAAGAUCACAGGCAUGCUACUGGAGAUUGACAACUCAGAGCUGCUGCUCAUGCUGGAGUCUCCGGAGUCCCUCCAUGCCAAGAUAGAAGAGGCUGUGGCAGUGUUGCAGGCACACCAGGCCAUGGAGCAGCCAAAGGCAUACAUGCACUGAAAACAGAAAAUGGAAUCCUCACUCCUGUGGCUGUCAAGAGAAACAGCAUCACCUGCUCUCAGCUGAGGCCUGUGAACUACAACUCAUUUCCCAGUUGGACUGUAUCUGUACUCGAGCCCUGUACAUGGAAUGAAGGCUGGUCACCCAACCAGCCACUUUCCUUUUGUUUUGUGCAUUAAAAGUGCUGCAAAAUCUUGCCUCAUAGGAGGCUUUCUUGAGCCUGAGGGAGCCGGGGGCAAAGUAAAGAGCAGACUUGACUGAGGCUCUGGCUGUAAGAAAGAACCCCCGGAAGUACUAACGUACACAGGGGUGUGUACACUGGAACAGAGUGAGGCUAUUGGUAACGGCUUCAAACUAGAAAUGCCUGGCCCAUUGCAGUGCAGUGGAUAGUUAAAUGGGUACCUCAUACAAGGGACUGAAAAAGGGGAAAAGCUACAAUCUGGGAAAUUGCCCAAUCUGACAUGUGUGGCAUUUCUGGACCCCUGGCUUUAGCACCUUGCAGGGCAGGCAAACACCUUAGAAGCAAGAAAUUGCCUCCAGGCCCUGGGCUGCUGGAGGGGUUGUGUAAUUAAAUGUAGGAAUGUUUAGAAUGCCUUCCCAGAUCAGGGUCUCCCUCCCCUGCAGGAAAUGGAGAAGUCUCUGAGGAAGGUUCUUUGGGACCAUUAGGGGUAUAGACCUCAGCUUUGUGGCCUCCCCUGUAUCGGGGCAGCCAAAAGAUAUGGGCAAGGAUCACAGCCCAGCACAUGGGUACUGCCAUAAGUU